AUGCAUCCAGUUGGUUGGUCAAUAUGCAGAUGUUAAUGAAAAUGAUUUUCACUAAAUAUUGUCGUUUAGAGAAUUGAACUUUUCAUUUGCGGUAGCUCGGCUAGUAGAGUACGGUGCAAGACAGUUUCUUUCUUCUAUUUUUUCUUUUUUUCAAAUGCGAAUCUUUAGCUGACCACAAGGAACUCUGGAACUCUGCACGAUAAAUACAACAGCUACAAAAAGGCAAAUUAUAACUGCGAACUCUUGAAAACACAAAACUUCGUUCCCCAUUGUUUUACUGUACUUUAUUUUAAUUCCAUCUAUCGAAAGUCUUCGGGUAACUUUUUCUAYAUCAUCAGCUACUAACGGCUUAGUGUACUGUGAUUAACUGAAUUCCAAAUCGCAAACCACCAAACGCCGAAAACUACCUUUAAUAACUUCGAACUCUGAAGCCACGAGCAAGCACUCAACAAUGCAGUCCAAUCUUACGACAAUUUGUUCCGGGGAGUUGAACUACCCAACGUCCAUCAUCCUAGCAUUUCUUCAUACCAUUUCGGGGAUGUUCUCCGUUGGUGGGAAUUUGUUCGUUCUCGUAGCGAUAUUCCAGACUCCGUCUCUACACACAACAUCCAACUAUUUCAUUGCUAGCCUGGCAGUAGCUGACCUAUCGGUUGGACUGAUCAUCAACCCGUUAUGGGUCACUAAAAGUGUACUGAACAUUUGGGAAAACAGCCACUUUCUGACAAUGUUCACAGAGUUUAUGAGCAUGCAGACGCUAUUUACCACGACCUACAGUCUCGCGUUUGUCAGCUACGAUCGCUACCUUGCUGUAACUUCAGUAUUUCGAUAUUUACACCUGAUGACUAUAAAAAGAUGCGUACUUUCAAUUGCGUUGGUCUGGGUUUUGUCGUUUGGAUUCGGUGCUGUGAGAUUCGCUGUAAUAAACCCUCUAAUGUUGCCAUAUCUGUGGACAGUCGUUGCUGUCAUAUGCUAUACCAUCCCGUUCACCAUUAUCGCAUAUUCCUACUAUUUUAUUUUUAAGGAAGCUAGGCGACAGAGACGACAAAUCGAAGCAGUUGAAAACUCUAUCAGCACCAGGGAAACAUCGGAGACCAUCCGAAGCGAGACUAAAAAUCGAAAAGCAGCUUACACGAUUGGUAUUGUUAUAGGACUUUAUUUGCUAUUUGCUUUUCCAAGCAUGGUUAUCACUGCCAUUCAGUUGAUAACCUCAGACAAUUGCUUAAAAGUUCGAAUAAUACGCAUGUGGUUUUGGGGAGCGCUUGUUUCGUUCGCUUCGUCUGCUUGUAACCCGUGGGUGUACGCAGCAAGAAUAACGGAGUACAGACAGGCUUUCAAGAGUAUUUUGAGUUAUAUUUGCCCAUUCAAGUUCUCUAUUGCUACCCGUAACAAUAAGAUAAAAUGCUUGACUAUACCCAAGGCGAAGGACAAUGAAAUGGGAUGACGAUUACUUAACGAGAUGCAAAGUGGAAAAUUAAUAAAAGUGUGGUUCGGGCUCUUCUUCCACUGGAUUCCAACUGCAAUUUAGAUAAGUUGAUUUUUACGGAGCGGGAGGAAAACCGGAGAACUCGGCGAAAAACUAUCGAAGCACAAGAGAGAACCAACAAACAACUCUGCUCACAUAAAACGCAUAGUACAAUUACAAGGACGAUGCUAUAAUAUGCCAUAUGCGAUGGCUUUUACAAUCCUUAUAAAUUCGCCGCCAUUUAUUUCCGAGUUUGAUUCAGGUUUUYCCCCCCAAGAGACCGGCAUUGUUAAGUUUAGCGUCCAGCCUCUCAUACGACUGCGUUGAGUUGAACAGAAACCCGCUAGAUUGUCAGUAAUUAUUACAGAAACUCUACUUAUUACUGUUGAAUCUGUUUGAUUAAGGAAAAAUUUUAUAUUAAAAGUAAACGAACAUCUGAAAAAAAUAUGAAGCGUUCUCCAAUAUCAAUAAAGGGAAUUUUUAACAUAGAAUUUAAUUUAAACAGUAAAAAGUUCAUAAAAGGGGAGAAUAAAAAAGGAAGUGGUGUUUGAUAGGACCGAUAGAAAAGAAAUGGCYUUCUCCCUUAUCAAUCAUUGAAAAAAAAAAAUUUACAAUGAAAUAAACACAUUUAUUUUCAAAA